AUGUCGUACGCAUAUCUCUUCAAGUACAUUAUCAUAGGUGAUACAGGAGUUGGAAAAUCAUGUUUACUGCUGCAGUUUACCGACAAACGAUUCCAACCGGUUCAUGAUUUAACCAUCGGUGUUGAAUUCGGUGCUCGAAUGAUCAAUAUUGAUGGGAAACAGAUCAAAUUGCAAAUAUGGGAUACGGCUGGACAAGAGUCAUUCCGAUCUAUCACUCGAUCUUAUUAUCGUGGUGCAGCUGGUGCUCUACUGGUAUACGAUAUCACCAGGAGAGAGACAUUUACGCAUUUAACUACGUGGCUUGAGGAUGCUAGACAACACUCUAGCUCCAAUAUGGUUAUUAUGCUGAUAGGAAAUAAAAGUGAUCUGGAAAGUCGACGGGAUGUUAAGAAAGAAGAAGGCGAAGCAUUCGCCAGGGAACAUGGUCUGAUUUUCAUGGAAACAUCAGCUAAAACUGCUGCUAAUGUCGAAGAAGCUUUUAUUGAUACAGCUAAAUGUAUACAUGAAAAAAUCCAAGAAGGUGUUCUGGAUGUUAAUAAUGAGGCCAAUGGUAUUAAGCUUGGACCUCAUCAUAACCCGGUUGGCGGUGCGUAUAACAAUACCAUGACAAAUCGUGCUUCUGGUUCCGGCUGCUGUUAA